CCCCCCAGGGCGGAGCCUGGCCCCGACGUGGUUGGGCAUGAAUGCCUUAGUGAGACGUGCAGUGGCCCGUGCGGGCAUCCCUUGUCUUUGGAGAGGGAAAUGCUUCAGCUCCGGGAAGGAGCCGGCGGAAAGCAACCGGGUGACGCCGAUGCUGCGGCAUCUUAGGUAUAAAAUAAAGUCCACAGGUCCCAUCACCGUGGCCGAGUACAUGAAGGAGGUUUUGACCAACCCAGCCAAGGGAUAUUAUGUGCAUCAUGAUAUGCUAGGGGAAAAAGGAGACUUCAUUACUUCACCCGAAAUAAGUCAAAUCUUUGGGGAGCUACUAGGGAUAUGGUUCGUUAGUGAAUGGAUGACCUCUGGAAAAAGUCCAGCUUUCCAAUUGGUGGAACUGGGUCCAGGUCGGGGUACCCUCACUGGAGAUAUUUUGAGGGUGUUCAGUCAGCUUGGGUCUGUGCUAAAAACCUGUGACAUUUCAAUACACCUAGUAGAGGUGAGCCAGAAAUUAAGUGAGAUUCAAGCACAGGUACUGACUGAGGAGAAGCUCCCUGUGGAGAGAGAUGCCGAAUCCCUGGUGUACAUGAAAGGUGUCACUAAGUCUGGGAUCCCUGUCUCCUGGUACCGAGAUCUGAAGGAUGUUCCUAAAGGAUACAGCUUUUAUCUCGCACACGAGUUUUUUGAUGUUCUUCCCGUGCAUAAAUUUCAGAAAACACCACAAGGAUGGAGAGAAGUGCUUGUUGAUAUCGACCCCCAAGUUUCUGAUAAACUGAGGUUCGUCUUGGCACCUUGUGCGACGCCAGCAGAAGCCUUCAUACAACAUGAUGAAAGAAGGGACCAUGUGGAAGUGUGUCCCGACGCUGGGAUUAUUAUACAGGAACUUUCUCAACGCAUUGCAUCAACCGGAGGUGCUGCUCUGAUUGCUGAUUACGGUCAUGAUGGGACAAAGACAGACACCUUCAGAGGGUUUUGUGGACACCAGCUUCAUGAUGUCUUAACUGCUCCUGGAACUGCAGAUCUGACAGCUGAUGUGGACUUCAGUUACCUGCGCAGAAUGGUACAAGGAAAAGUAGCCUCUCUGGGUCCAGUAGAGCAACGAACAUUUUUAAAAAACAUGGGCAUUGAUGUCCGGCUGAAGGUUCUUUUAGAUAAAGCAGACGAGCCAUCCACGAAGCGGCAGUUACUUCAGGGGUAUGACAUGUUAAUGAACCCUCAGAAGAUGGGAGAAAGAUUCAACUUCUUUGCCUUGCUACCUCAUCAGAGACUUCAUGGUGCAAAUCAAGAAAGGAAUGCCCGUCAGUCAAAGACCCCUGCAUCAUCUGUACCUGGGUUUGAUGACCUUGUUUGGCAGUGAUAUUUCAGCUUGGACUGUUUAUUCUUCAGUGUGCUUUAAAAAUCAAAAUAAAAGAAAAUCAUUUUGUAUAUUGAAGGUAA